AUGUCAGACGCCCUUUUGCCCUGGAUACGCGACUAUAUUAUCUCUAUUGCUGAAUCAUACGGCGCAAACUUUUCAAACAUCCCUCUAUACCCAAAGAACAAAAAAGUUCAGCUCAUACAGUUUCUCACAUACGGUUCCGACAACCAAGAUACCCUCAUAUGGGCAGAGAUAUCCGAUAAACAAUACAUCAUACCCGUAAAGUUUACCAAAGACGCCGUCGCAGACUAUUGUGCUGCCCGUCCAGGCCAACGUCUCACCAGGCAUAAAGGCGCCAUAUUCAGAAUAUCCCGCUUCAGGCCCAUCUCAACCCGUAUACCCACCACCAGUGGCACCCUCACCACAGAACCCACUCUUGUCCUCGAAUGUUCCUCUCUCGUAGAUCUCGGCAGUUCAGGCGAAGCCACUUUUGGCUCUCCAGAACCCAUCCUCAACCACCCUGACAUUCGCCUCUGGAACGACGGUUUGAAGAAAGACGGCGGUGCUGGGUACGCCCUUGUUUACCAUCAUAGUUACUCUAACCUAGCGCCCAGAAACGUGCUAAAGAACAGGAAAGAGGAGCGAGUUCCCAUCCUCUCUCCACCUCCACCACCAUCACCACCGAAACACAGCGAAAUACAUGUCGACAUCACUCGCGGCAAAGCCUCAUUCUCAUCCAUCGACGCGUACCACGCUUUUUGGCAGGCAAGUCGCGUCUCAUUUGUGAUGUCAUCUCACUCAACUCGCAUCAUGCAGAAAACGGCUAAAAAUCCAAUGUAUCAAGAACCACCGACGAUCGCACCACCUUCUCUGGAAUACGCACAGACAGAAGUAGAGUUUGAAGAUAUUAAUAUCCCCAGCUCGCGCUCCGCCACUCCCUUUUCAGCUUGGGAAGCAACACCACUGCCUCGUGCAAGCCCUGCGCCAUACGACGACGACAAUCAACAACGGCGAUCACUCGUCCCACGUAAAAUUCCUCGCCCUGCAUCGCCAGUCCCAAUGCCCAAGAAUCAUACAGGGCCUGCACUAAUCCUGGCCCCAAAUUCAGACACAUCGCAAUCACAAUCACAAUCACAAUCAAUACAGAAAGAAGCAGAGGGGUUUUUCCGAGACACACUCGGAAUAGACGCAGGAGACUAUCCCUGGCUUGACUUGUGGCGUAUCAAAGAGAUCAUGGCACGGACUUUGCAUGCACGUCGCUUAGCUAAUAUGUCAAAUAUUACAUAA